CCUUUUGCUUUCUUAGCCAAAUGACCAAAAUGUCCAGUUAGAACAAGAAUUCAGCAUUCUGCAAAACAAGUUAACAGCUGAGGCUUUGAUGGAAUAUCAGAUAUUGAAAAUGUCUCCCAGCCUGUUCAUCCUUCUGUUUCUCACACCUGGUAUUUUAUGCAUUUGCCCUCUCCAAUGUAUAUGCACCGAGAGGCACAGGCAUGUGGACUGUUCAGGCAGAAACUUGACUACAUUACCAUCUGGACUGCAAGAGAAUAUUAUCCAUUUAAAUCUGUCUUAUAACCACUUUACUGAUCUGCAUAACCAGUUAACCCAGUACACCAAUCUGAGGACCCUGGACAUUUCAAACAACAGGCUUGAAAGCUUGCCUGCUCAGUUACCUCGGUCCCUCUGGAACAUGUCUGCUGCUAACAACAACAUUAAACUGCUUGAAAAAUCUGAUACUGCUUAUCAAUGGAACCUUAAAUAUCUGGAUGUUUCUAAGAAUAUGCUGGAAAAGGUUGUCCUCAUUAAAAAUACACUGAGAAGUCUUGAGGUUCUCAACCUCAGUAGUAACAAACUCUGGACAGUUCCAACCAACAUGCCCUCCAAACUGCAUACUGUGGACCUGUCUAACAAUUCCUUGACACAAAUCCUUCCAGGAACAUUAAUAAACCUGACAAAUCUCACACAUCUUUACCUGCACAACAAUAAGUUCACAUUCAUUCCAGAUCAAGCUUUUGACCAGCUCUUUCAGUUGCAAGAGAUAACCCUUUACAAUAACAGGUGGUCAUGUGACCAUAAACAAAACAUUACUUACUUACUUAAGUGGAUGAUGGAAACAAAAGCCCAUGUAAUAGGGACUCCCUGUUCUAGCCAGAUAUCACUUUUGAAGGAACAUAACACAUAUCCCACACCUUCUGGAUUUACCUCAAGCUUGUUCACUGUAAGUGGGAUGCAGACAGUGGACACCAUUAACUCUCUGAGUAUGGUAACUCAAUCCAAAGUGACCAAAAUACCCAAACAAUAUCGAACAAAGGAAACAACGUUUGGUGCCACUCUAAGCAAAGACACCACCUUUACUAGCACUGACAAGGCUUUUGUGCCCUAUCCAGAAGAUACAUCUACAGAAACGAUCAAUUCACAUGAAGCAGCAGCUGCAACUCUAACUAUUCACCUCCAAGAUGGAAUGGUUACAAACACAAGCCUCACUAGCUCAACAAAACCAUCCCCAACACCCAUGACCCUAAGUAUCACUAGUGGCAUGCCAAAUAAUUUCUCUGAAAUGCCUCAACAAAGCACAACCCUUAACUUACGGAGGGAAGAGACAACCACAAAUGUAAAGACUCGCUUACCUUCUUCUGUGGCAAGUGCUUGGAAAGUAAAUGCUUCGUUUCUCUUAAUGCUCAAUGCUGUGGUCAUGCUGGCUGGCUAAGGGUCUGCAUUUUCUGAAAUUAAUGAAAGAACUCCUCCCUGAUGUAUAGUUGGGAAGAUAUGCCCCUAUCUAACCAGUGACUCAAGCUAUAUUAUGUAUUCAAGAAAGCCAGUCUCACAUUUCCGACUCUGAUGUGAAUGAAGCAACUCGUCUUAAUGAAGAAGUGCACAAUGUCUCGGUACUUGCUGCUACUUUACUGUCUUAAUGAAGUAAAACUAAUGAGUUUCUUUUUUUUAAAUGAAAUGUUUUCUUUUUAAGGCUUCAAUUUACUGCACAAAA